AUGGGGACUCAGACUUCAAGUGAUGACAAGUUGAUCAAAGGUACAUGUUAUAUUAAUAAUACACCUCUAGUUGAUAUUAUCAAUAUUGGCGCUACUCAUUCUUUUAUUGAUGUUGACUAUGUGAAAAGGCUAGGCCUUGUUGUGUCUUCUAUGAGUGGAGAAAUGGUUAUCGAAACUCCCGCUACAGGCUCGGUGACUACUACUUUAGUUUGUUUGAACUGUCCCCUGUUAAUCUUUGAUAAAGAUUUUAGCAUUGAUCUUAUUUGCUUGCCUUUGGAGAAUCUUGAUGUUAUAUUGGGGAUGAAGUGGUUGGAGUUCAAUCAUGUUUAUAUCAAUUGUUAUAAUAAGUCGAGGCGGUUUUUUACUCCUCGUGAGGAGGAAGAAGUUGGUUUCUUGUCUACUAGAGAGUUGAAGAAGCUUUUGUAA